UUGACAAGCUCUAAUAACUUGGAUGAGCAACCUAGUUAGCUACAUGAACUGUUCAUUGUUUAAAGAGUAAUUACAACGAAUUAAGUCCAUACAAUACAUAUCUGCUGAUACUAUAGAAAGCUAUGGAGAGAACCCCAGCUACGGAUCUCAGCCUAAAACCCAUCGUGAUCGCAGGCCCUGUGAUCCGGGACAAGAAGUUUUUGCAAUGGCUGGGCAAGGUCCUAGAGCUCAGCUGGCUGCGUAACAAGGACAUAGAGGAGCGAAAGGGACUGUUGGGAGAGUUGCUGCCCUCCUUCGCUAAUGGAGCUGUCGAGAGCAACGACUUCCUCUCGCUCCAGGAGAUCCUAGAAAAUAUGGAUGUGAACUGUGGGGACUAUGACGGCACCAAGCCCCUGCUGAAGGCCUGUGAGAUCGGUAACCUGGACAUGGUCAAGUACCUGCUGGCCAAAGGAGCCUCCCAGCAUUUGAAAGACCGCUUCGGAAACACACCCCUGCGCCUGGCCAUCAUCAACAGGCAUUAUGAGGUAAUAAAGUUCCUGAGGAUGAGAGAGGCGUCGCUGGCUAUGCCUGCAGUGAGGAUCGGAGUGGAGCUGCUGCAGGUGGUGGCAAAGAAGGACUACCAGCUGCUACAUGCCUGGGCUCUGUCUGGAGUGGACAUGGACUCUAAGGACUACAACGGACGCACGGCCAUGCACCUGGCUGUCAAGAUGAGGGACACAGUCAUGGUCCAAAGGCUGCUGCAGUAUGGGGCAACCCCGCUGGAGAUAGAUAUCUGGGGCCAGACUCCGGUGGACGAGGCCCGUAAAGGCAACAUAAUGGGGAUCAUGCUGGCGUUCCACCCCCUCUUCACCGAGCAGCUCACCACCAAGCUGGCCUACCUGACCUGCAAGGCCCAAGCCCAGAGGAACAAGUAAAGGAAGAAGCCCCUGAUUUGUGUUCCAAAUGGCACCCUAUUCCCUACAUAGUGCACUACUUUUGACCAGGGCCAUAGGGAAUAAAAUAAACU